AGGGAGGCCAGGCUCAAAGGGCAAGGGCAGUGCGCAGGCAGCGCCACUGCGGCUACCUGGAAGCUAGGUCACCUGAGUCUGGACUGCCCAAAGGCGGUGACCCAUUUGCCAGGGCCACGAACGACUCCCAUAGCUGAAGAUUGUCCAGGCUUCUGAAGGUGGAGGGACAGUCGCCCCCGCACAGUGCCGGGGGUUCCGCGCGCUCACCUGCCUCCCGCUUGCGCCCUGGGCGGGGCUUCCCGCGUCCCCUUUAAGAGGCCGCAUCACCCGCCCUGACGUCAGGGUGUCUCUCCGCACAAGCCCGCGUCCCGCGCCGCGCCCCCGCGCCAGCAGCUCCCGCGGCCGCACGACCAGCGGCGGCCCGGCGACCCUUGCCGCCUCUCCGCAUCUGCAGCUGCCGGCCGCGCGGCCUCCCGCAUCCCAUCAUGUCGGUGGCAGGGCUGAAGAAGCAGUUCCACAAAGCCACUCAGAAAGUGAGUGAGAAGGUCGGAGGAGCGGAAGGCACCAAGCUCGAUGAUGACUUCAAAGAGAUGGAGAGGAAAGUGGAUGUCACCAGCAGGGCUGUGAUGGAGAUAAUGACAAAAACAAUUGAAUACCUCCAACCCAAUCCAGCUUCCAGGGCUAAACUCAGUAUGAUCAACACCAUGUCGAAAAUCCGCGGCCAAGAGAAGGGGCCAGGCUACCCUCAGGCGGAAGCACUGUUGGCAGAGGCCAUGCUCAAGUUCGGCAGAGAGCUGGGCGAUGAUUGCAACUUUGGUCCUGCUCUUGGUGAGGUGGGAGAAGCCAUGAGGGAGCUCUCGGAGGUCAAGGACUCUUUGGACAUGGAAGUGAAGCAGAACUUCAUAGACCCCCUUCAGAAUCUUCAUGACAAAGAUCUGAGGGAGAUUCAGCAUCACCUGAAAAAGCUGGAAGGCCGACGCUUAGACUUUGAUUAUAAGAAGAAGCGACAAGGCAAGAUUCCAGACGAAGAACUCCGCCAAGCUCUGGAGAAAUUUGAUGAGUCUAAAGAAAUCGCUGAGUCGAGCAUGUUCAACCUCUUGGAGAUGGAUAUUGAACAGGUGAGCCAGCUCUCUGCACUUGUUCAGGCUCAGCUGGAGUACCACAAGCAGGCAGUGCAGAUCCUGCAGCAGGUCACUGUCAGGCUGGAAGAAAGAAUAAGACAAGCCUCAUCUCAGCCAAGAAGGGAAUAUCAGCCCAAACCACGAAUGAGCCUAGAAUUUGCCACUGGAGACAGUACUCAGCCCAACGGGGGUCUCUCCCACACAGGCACACCCAAACCUGCAGGUGUCCAAAUGGAUCAGCCCUGCUGCCGAGCCUUGUAUGACUUUGAACCUGAAAAUGAAGGGGAACUGGGUUUUAAAGAGGGCGAUAUCAUCACACUCACUAAUCAGAUUGACGAGAACUGGUAUGAGGGGAUGCUUCAUGGCCAGUCUGGCUUUUUCCCCAUCAACUAUGUAGAAAUUCUGGUUGCUCUGCCCCAUUAGGAUCCUGUGCUGGCUGGCUCACCUCCUUCUGACCCAGAUAGUUAAGUUUAACCACUGCUUUGGUAAUGCCGCUUCCAAUACAUCACGAAUGCAGGCCGCAGUGGACGAGUCAUCAAGCCCACACGUGCCCUGGGUUGACCUGUGUGCUCCUACUGGAGACACGGUGAUAGAUGGUAUCUUCCAAGGCCAGUGGGCCUGGCACAUGCUUUAAAACACCAUCUGAGACUAGCCAGUGGUCACAGAACUGGCUUCCCCGUUCUCAGGAGGCUGUGGUUCCUGGUAAUAUGCCUGUGAACCACAUCACAGAAAACCUCUCCUCACUGAAGAUAUUGUCUCUCACCCAGGGGCCAGCUCAAGGUCUCCAGUUCUCCAUUUACAGAGGAGAAAGUCCUUUUUGUUGCACUUUCCCUUCCUAAAUAUAUGAGUCACAGAAUUGUUGGCAAAAACAUCCCCCGACCAGCAGGUUGUCUGCUGGUCUAAGCAACUUAGUCUCUUGAUGCCAUCAGCAGAAGUAUUAAUUUUCCAAAGCGCACCUUUGUUCACCAACUUCCUUUCUUCUUUCUUUCUUUCUUUCUUUCUUUCUUUCUUUCUUUCUUUCUUUCUUUCUUUCUUUCUUUCUUUCUUCCUUCCUUCCUUCCUUCCUUCCUUCCUUCCUUUCUUUCAUCUAUCUAUCUAUCUAUCUAUCUAUCUAUCUAUCUAUCUAUCUAUCUAUCUACCUAUCUCUUUACUUCUGAGACAUGGCCAGUUUUCUUCCCUCCCUGCUAUUUAAGCACUUGGCAAAUGGGGGGAGGGGCAUCCCAUUUAUUUCUGAGUGAGAUGGUGAACAAUCUGUAUGUUGUCUGAAAAGAAAAAAAAUUCUCCAAGCUGAAUUGGGAAGAAAUCUGGUCUCCAAGCUCAGAUUCCUUGCUGUACAGAAGCUGUGUAUAUACGUAGCCCGUUUUUGAAGGGGGAACAGCUGUCUUCCCUUCUCUGGUUACUUACCCAGGAAUCAGUCCAUUCCCUGAGUCCCUUUGCCACAAGACAUAGGAGAGAAACACUAGUAAGCAUUUCCCACUUCUUCAUAGAACACGACAGUGAGCAUCAGUCCUUCCCACGUUUACUUGUUUGUGUUCCUUGAACAUCAUUUGUGCAUAUUCUGCCCUCAAUGAGGACCAAAUAAAGAUGAUUUUUGUGCUUAGCAGUUUAAGGUAUGUGGCUGCAUAUGCAAAACCCUUUUCCACUCCAGUCCUUACUUUGAACGCCUCCCUUCCUCGUUUUGUGUGUACAGUGCUGUGUACGCUGAUCAGUGUUGGCUUUUUGUUUUGUUUUCCUUCAGUCGUGGAAGUCCCGAUAGGCACCCAGAGUUCUAUUUAUAUAGCUGUACAGACUCCUUCAGAGGUUUAAUGUGCUGCUUCCGAUGUGCCACUUGCCGUAGUGGAUCAUGUGGAGUGAAAGGCAAAUCUUCCUGCUUCAUGUAUAAACUCACCAUGGGAAGCACUGCUGUUUCCAAUAAAUAUUGCUGAAGAUGAAA